AUGCCUCAAUCCGCCCUCCUCCUCGGUUCCGGCUUCGUUGCCACCCCUGCCGUCGAAGUCCUCGCCAAGGCUGGCGUCCACGUUACUGUUGCUUGCCGUACUCUCGCCUCGGCCAAGAACCUUGCUGGAACUUUCGACAACACAAACGCCAUUAGCCUCGACGUCAACGAUUCCGCUGCUCUCGAGGAGGCUGUCGCUAAGCACGACAUCACCAUCUCUCUAAUUCCCUACACAUAUCACGUUGCCGUCAUCAAGGCCGCCAUCAAGGCUAAGAAGAAUGUCGUCACUACCUCUUACGUCUCUCCUGCUAUGGAGGAGCUCCACGAGGAGGCAAAGGCUGCCGGAAUCACAGUCCUGAACGAGAUCGGUGUUGAUCCUGGUGUCGACCACCUUUACGCUGUCGACUUCAUCGACCGCAUCCAGCAGGAGGGCGGCAAGAUCAAGUCCUUCAAGAGCUUCUGCGGCGGUCUCCCCGCCCCUGAGAGCUACAAGUUCAGCUGGAGCAGCCGAGGUGUCCUUUUGGCCCUCAAGAACAACGCCAAGUACUACGAGGACAACAAGCUGGUUGACAUCACCGGUGUCGACCUCAUGGGCACUGCUAAGCCUUACCACACCGGCUACUUGGGUUACAACUUCGUUGCCUAUGGAAACCGUGACAGCACUGGUUACCGUCAGCGCUACCGCAUUCCUGAUGCCGAGACCGUCGUCCGGGGAACCAUUCGCUACAAUGGUUUCCCCCAGUUCGUCAAGGCUCUUGUCGACAUUGGCUUCCUCAGCGUUGAUGAGCAAGACUUCUUCAAGCAGGCUAUUCCUUGGAAGGAGGCCCUCCAAAAGUUCAUUGGUGCUAGCUCAUCAAGCGAGGAGGACCUGAUCAAGGCUGUUCUCUCAAAGACCUCUAUCAGCGACGAGUCUGUCAAGAGCCAAGUGCUGGCUGGACUCAAGUGGAGUGAGUCCAAAGUGCUAGCGGUCGUUUUUGAGCUUGGUGUCUUCUCUGAUGCCAAGACCACCCCUCGCGGAACAGCCCUCGACACCCUGUGCGCCACUCUUGAGCAGAAGAUGGCCUAUGAGGAGGGCGAGCGCGAUCUUGUGUUCCUCCAACACACUUUCGAGGUUGUCAACAAGGACGGCAGCCAGAACACCUGGACCUCCACCCUUAUCGAGUACGGUGCCCCCGAGGGAUCCGGUGGCUACUCCGCCAUGUCCAAGCUUGUCGGUGUUCCUUGUGGUGUUGCAACCAAGAUGGUUCUUGACGGUACUAUCACAGACAAGGGUGUUGUCGCCCCUGUAUACCCCAGCCUUGCCAGGACAUUGAUGAAGCAGCUCAAGGCAGACCAUGGUAUCGAGUGCAAGGAGAAGAUCAUUGCUUAA